AAUCAGAUCCUUCUAAUCUAAUCUAAUCUUAAACUUCUCUAUAUUUUCGAACAGUUUAAAUCUCUUUAAAUUCAAUUUUUCUUAUUUUCUCACUAUACUUUAUAUAUUUAUCAUUUUUUUAUUUUUUUAAUAUAAUAACCUUAUUAAUUGCCCUUUAUCUCGUUUUUCCCUUUUAGAAAAAAAAUAUAAUCGAUAAUAAAAGUCGUUUAAAAUCAGUUGUUUAAAAAUCCACUCUUUCCUCUAAAAGCAGUAAAUAAAAGAUAGAACACGUCAUUAUGUUAGAGUUUUAUAUUAUACAGCGAGUGCCAUGAAUUGUUAUCCCUUCGUCGUUACGUAGCAAAUAAUCAAUUCGAUAAACCAGCGAGAACGCGACGCAUUGCACAUGCAUACUACAUGCCGCGCAAGCGACAUGCAUGCAAAUGUCAGGGACAUGCGAUCAAUUAGCGUGGAUUACUCGAUUCAAAAAUAUUCUCCUUCAUUUUUUAUAUACAUUUUCCAGCAAGAUAAAUGUCGCUCUUCCUUCCUCUUCCCCAUAGAUAAAAUCUAGUACACAAUUAAUCUAGUAUUUAAAUGUCUAGCUACAGAAAGCGUUGAAUAUAAUAGUCAAUCCGAAUAAUAAAAUAAUUUAAAAUAGAGCUUUUAGCUACGCUAUUAUUUUAACUUGUAUCUAACUUAUAUUUAUAUUUCCCGCAAUCGGAACUAUAUAUGUUCGGAAAAAUUGGGAAAAAAAAGAAGCAGAAAGAUCGAAGAAGAGCACAUAGAAAGUAUGUGGAGAAAAGAUUCUACGAUAGCGCGAAAUUUCGAGUACGAAAACAUUCUCCUAUUCCUUUCCUUUUUUUUCCUCUCCUUUCUCGCAACAGUAAUUUCAAGAAUGUCGACCUGUUUCGUGCGAAUAUCAAAUCGAUAUACGAGUCAUGGCACCGGGAAAUAUUGAUCAAAGCGACCGCUUGGCCGCUGACAGUAUGCGUCCGUAGCGAUCGCGGGUAGUUAUGUGCGGAGGAACGCUCGUCGCACGGGCGUCGCACACUCGGAACACGGGGCUGAGGCUGGGCAUUCUGCUGUUGCUCUUCUCGAUCGCGCAUCUGCCGUUGCUGCGACACGCCGAUGCCAAGAUACUCGAGGGCGAGUUGAUUACGCGCGAGAACUGGGCAUUCGUCGCGAGAUUUUGUUUUCUAACGGAGAGCGGUACUUUCCGGUAUCACUUUCAAUUGGGGGGCGAAGAACGCGAGCUGAAGCUCCUGCUGUACUACGAUGGUCCCCAUCAAUGGCCCACCGUCUAUCCUUCCAAUAAAACGUGUGAGGAGAAGGAGAGUAUUCUCGACAUCGACUACGGUCAAAUAGUACCACUGAACACGUCGAAGCGCUUUUCAUCGGGAUGCGUGCGGGGCGACGACGGCGUAGUCCGAUGCGACAGCCAGAGGAAAUUCAUCUCGGCCCGACCGAGAUGGUGGUUUAUAGUUUUAGCCGACUGCGCUUCCAUGAAAGGCCUGAACGUCACGUACUGGAUAUCGUUGACCAACGCGCCGGCCGGCGCGUUCUGGAAGGAGCACUUCUCCGCGGAUGAAUUCUACAUACUGCCGCUGCUGAUACCAACCGUCUGCAUGUACAUGAUAUUCAUCAUCCUCAGUUUCUACAUAGCGCUGCAACUGCGCUCCAGGAGGCUGCUCCACGUGUCCUACAAACUGUUUAUAGCCUCCUUGCUGUGUCAAUUAACGGGGGUGUCAUGCGAGCUUUACAGUUACGUUAAUCUCGGUCUGAGGGGAGUGCCGGCGAUGGACGCUUAUCUGCUGGGUCAGCUCUUGGAGGCGUGCUCCGAGACUUUGUACACGAUCCUCCUGCUGCUGCUCGCUCUCGGUUACACGAUCACCAAAAGUGUCCUCACGUCGUCGCAAAUCCGAUGGCUUAUACUGUUUGUCAGUGUUACUGCACUUUUUCAACUGUCGCUGUUCGGGUAUCAAUCGGAGGCGUUUGAUCCAGGAUUGGUGUUAUACAUGUACGAGUCGCCACCGGGCUACGGUUUAAUCGCGCUGAAAUUGAUCUCCUGGUUCGUGUUUGUCACUCGUUGUUUCAGGACAAUCAGAAAAUUGAAUACGAAGCUCCACUUCUACACUUCGCUACUCUUCUUGGGGUCAGUGUGGUUCCUCUUUCAUCCCUUAACGGUAUUGAUCAAUACUGUAUUCGUGGACAAAUGGGUGAGAGAGAGCAUGGCCAAAGGAAGUUCCCUCUUCAUUGUCUUCGUGGGUCAUAUAAUGUUUUUAUAUGUAACUCGACCAUCUGUGAACAAUAAACGUUUUCCAUUCCACAUUAGGACAUUCCAAGUUGUGCCCAUAGGCGGCCACGGGCAGGAUCACAGCUACGAGCCAGGUCCUCGGACCGCAGUUACCGCAUUUACUAUCACACGAACACCAGCUUACAUUAGUCAAACACGAUAGCUGUAGAUAGAAUAGGAAGAAUAGCAAAAUAGAGACGUGCAACCACUGGUGGAAUGCACCGUUAAUAAAGCUUCGGCUCUCGAAGAAAAGCAAAUGGGUGGCUACUGGAAAAAAAAAUUUGUAAUGUCAAUUGUAUAUUUUUUUACAAUACAUGAUGCAAUGCAACGAAUGUGCGCACAUUUUUUGCAUUGUAUCCAUCGAGACGGAAAUCCUAAUUUAGAUAGUGAAAUAAUGUUAACAGAAAUUGGUAAACGUUCAUAUGUAAGUAGGUAGUUUCGAAUCUAUACGAUUUUUCUCUCAUCUUGUCACAAAGAUAUUUAUAAUAAAGUGCAUGAUGCAAUUU